AUGUCUUUCAAUUAUAACAAAAACAAUAUCAUAAAGUCAAUAAAACUAGCUAAAUAAUUAGGUGCAACUUAUCGCCUUGGUCCAGAGCUAGAAGUUCCAGGUUAUGGAAGUGAAGACCACUUUUUUGAGUUAGAUACCGUCAAACACUCAUGGAAUGUACUUAGAGAUAUUCUUGAGGAUAAAGAACUUACUAAAGAUAUAAUUGUUGAUAUUGGAAUGCCUGUUUCAUACAAAAAUACUCUGUAUAAUUGUAGAGUAGUUUGUCUGAAUUAAGAGAUUUUACUGAUAAGACCAAAACUUCAUUUGGCUUCUGGGAAUAACUAUAGAGAAAGUAGAUGGUUUACAGCUUGGGUUAGAGAUGAUGGAAGAGCUGUAGAAGAUUUCCAACUUUCACCAGAGAUCCAAUCAAUUAAAGGGCAAAAGCUUACUAAGAUCGGGAACGCCGUGAUAAAAACUAUCGAUACCUCAAUUGGUAUUGAAACUUGCGAGGAGCUGUGGGUUCCUAAGAAUCCACAUGUAGACUACGGGCUUGAUGGAGUAGAAAUUAUUACUAAUGGAUCUGCUAGUCAUCAUGAGUUGAGAAAACUUCACACAAGAUUAGCUCUAAUCAUGAAUGCAAGCACAAGGAACGGAGGAGUUUAUCUAUAUGCUAAUUAAAAGGGCUGCGAUGGUGGAAGAGUUUAUUAUGAUGGGUCAUCUAUGGUAUGCAUGAAUGGGAAGAUUUAUAAUAUUGAAAAGUAAUUUUCUGUCGGAGAUGUUGAUGUGUAAAUCGGUGUAUUGGAUCUAGAUGAAGUAAGAUCUUACAGAAUGGGUAACUAAUCUCGCAAUUUCCAAUCUGCUAAAUUAAAGCCAUUUACUGAGGUAUUUGCUAAUAUUUCAAUUAGUAAAUUAUCCAACAUCCCUCUCUCAAAACAAGUGGCCCUCAAUAUUUUAACUCCCGAGCAAGAAAUUUCUAGAGGACCAGCAUUAUGGAUGUGGGAUUACCUUAGAAGAUCUGGUGCAAGAGGUUUCUUUCUUCCAUUGUCAGGUGGAGCAGAUUCAGCUGCUGUAGCAGGAUUAGUGGCAAAUAUGAGCAAGAUGGUCCUAGAAAAUAUCAAGAAUGAUGGAAAUUUAGAAACACUUGAAGAUAUUAGAAGAGUUGUUAAAGAUCCCAAGUUUACCCCAGAGAAAUAUUAAGACAUAGUUAACAAGAUAUUUGUUACAAGCUACCUUUCAACUAAAAAUAGCAGUAAAGAGACGCUAGGGAGAGCUGAGAAUUUAGCUAAGAGUAUUGGUUCUCUACAUUUCAAUAUAGGUAUAGAUGAAGCUUAUGAAGGCAUAGUAAAAGUAUUUCAAAAUGCUACUAAUAUGACUCCAAAGUUUGAAGUUCACGGAGGAUCAAGCAUUGAAGAUUUAGCUUUAUAAAACAUCUAAGCUAGAGUGAGAAUGGUAAUCUCUUAUUUGAUGGCUUAGUUGGUUCCCUGGACUUAGAAUGAGAAAGGGUUCUUGCUUGUACUCGGUACUUCAAACAUUUGCGAAUCUCUUAGAGGUUAUAUGACGAAAUAUGAUUGCUCAUCUGCUGAUAUUAACCCAAUAGGAGGAGUGAAUAAAUCUGAUUUGAAGAGAACCCUGAUUUAUCUCUCACACGAGAUGAAUGUUCCAGCUUUGGCCGAGAUAGCAGGAGCAUUACCUUCAGCUGAGUUAAGACCUUUUGUAGAGGGUGACACUAAGACUUAACAGCUUGAUGAAGUAGAUAUGGGAAUGAGUUAUGACGAACUUGAUGAAUUUGGAAAGCUAAGAAAAAUUUACAAGAGUGGUCCUGUUUCAAUGUUUGAAAGGCUUUUGUUCAACUGGCCUCAAUUGACACCAAGAGAAGUAGCAGAGAAAGUUAAGAGAUUUUUCUACUACUACUCUGUUAACAGACAUAAAAUGACUGUAGUCACUCCUUCUUAUCAUGCUGAAGCGUAUGGCACAGAUGAUAAUAGAUUUGAUCUCAGAUAAUUCUUGUAUGAUACCAAAUGGGAACUUUAAUUUGAUGAGAUUGAUAAGAUUGUACUUGAAUACGAAAGGAAGAAGCUUGAUCCUAACUAGAAAUAGGAUAUGAGAAAUUUCCCUCCCAAAAUGUGA